AUGUCUCGGCCACUGUCCGACCACGAGAAGCGCAAGCAGAUCAGCGUGCGGGGCUUGGCGGGCGUGGAGAACGUGACGGACCUGAAGAAGAACUUCAACCGGCACCUACACUUCACCCUCGUCAAGGACCGCAACGUGGCCACCCCGCGCGACUACUACUUCGCCCUCGCCCACACCGUCCGCGACCACCUCGUCGGGCGAUGGAUCCGCACCCAGCAGUACUACUACGAGAAGGACCCCAAGCGCAUCUAUUACCUGUCUCUGGAGUUCUACAUGGGGCGCACUUUGCAGAACACCAUGGUCAACCUGGCCUUGCAGAAUGCCUGCGACGAAGCUACCUACCAGCUCGGCCUGGACAUGGAAGAGUUGCAGGAGAUCGAGGAAGAUGCUGGCCUGGGUAACGGAGGGCUCGGGCGCCUGGCAGCCUGCUUCCUGGACUCCAUGGCGACCCUUGGCCUUGCGGCCUAUGGCUAUGGCAUCCGCUACGAGUUCGGGAUCUUCAACCAGAAGAUCUGCGGGGGCUGGCAGGUGGAGGAGGCUGACGACUGGCUGCGCUAUGGGAACCCCUGGGAGAAGGCCCGCCCAGAGUACAUGAUCCCCGUGCACUUCUACGGCCGCGUCCAGCAUGACCAGGAUGGCGUGAAAUGGGUCGACACCCAGGUGGUCCUUGCCCUCCCCUAUGACACCCCCGUCCCCGGCUAUCGCAACAACGUCGUCAACACCAUGCGGCUGUGGUCUGCGCGGGCACCCAACGAGUUCAACCUGAAGGACUUUAAUGUUGGUGGCUACAUCCAGGCAGUGCUGGACAGAAACCUGGCUGAGAACAUUUCCCGGGUCCUGUAUCCCAACGACAACUUCUUUGAGGGCAAGGAGCUGCGCCUGAAGCAGGAGUACUUUGUCGUGGCCGCCACGCUGCAAGACAUCAUCCGCCGCUUCAAGUCCUCCAAGUUCGGCAGCCGAGAUCCCGUCCGCACCUCUUUCGACGCCUUCCCAGACAAGGUUGCUAUUCAGCUCAAUGACACCCACCCCUCCCUGGCCAUCCCAGAACUCAUGAGGGUUUUAGUGGACGUUGAGAAACUGGACUGGGACAAGGCUUGGGAUGUCACAGUGCGAACUUGUGCCUAUACCAACCACACCGUCCUGCCAGAGGCUCUGGAGCGUUGGCCUGUCCACCUCUUAGAGACCCUUCUGCCCCGCCACCUGGAGAUCAUCUAUGAGAUCAACCAGCGCUUCCUCGAUAGAGUCUAUGCCAAGUUCCCCGGGGACCUCGACCGCAUGCGCCGCAUGUCUAUGGUGGAGGAAGGCAGCGUCAAGCGCAUCAACAUGGCUCACCUCUGCAUCGUGGGCUCCCAUGCUGUCAAUGGUGUGGCUCGCAUCCACUCCGAGAUCCUGAAGGCCACUGUGUUUAAAGACUUCUAUGAGUUUGAGCCUCACAAAUUCCAGAACAAAACCAACGGCAUCACCCCCCGCCGCUGGCUGGUCUUGUGCAACCCAGGGCUGGCUGAAAUCAUUGCUGAGCGCAUUGGGGAAGACUACAUUGCCGACUUGGAUCAGCUGAAGAAACUCCUGAGCUUUGUAGAAGAUGAAGGCUUCAUCCGGGACGUGGCAAAAGUCAAACAGGAGAACAAGCUGAAGUUUGCUGCCUACCUGGAGAAGGAGUACAAAGUGAAGAUCAACCCCAACUCACUCUUCGAUAUCCAGGUGAAGAGGAUUCACGAGUACAAGAGGCAGCUGCUCAACUGCCUCCACGUCAUCACUCUCUACAACCGGAUCAAGAGGGAGCCAAACAAACAUUUUGUGCCACGGACAGUCAUGAUUGGAGGCAAAGCUGCCCCCGGCUACCACAUGGCCAAGAUGAUCAUCAAGCUCAUCACAUCCAUCGGGGACAUUGUCAAUCACGACCCCGUCAUCGGAGAUCGACUCAGGGUCAUCUUCUUAGAGAACUACCGUGUCUCGCUGGCUGAAAAAGUGGUCCCUGCCACCGACCUCUCGGAACAGAUCUCCACAGCGGGCACAGAGGCCUCUGGCACCGGGAACAUGAAGUUCAUGCUGAACGGGGCACUGACAAUUGGCACCAUGGAUGGUGCCAACGUGGAGAUGGCCGAGGAGGCUGGCGAGGAGAACUUCUUCAUUUUCGGCAUGCGGGUGGAGGACGUGGACGAGCUGGAUAGGAAGGGCUACUGUGCCAAGGACUACUAUGACCGCAUCCCUGAGCUGAAGCAAGUUAUUGACCAGCUGAGCAGUGGCUUCUUUUCUCCCAAGCAGCCGGACCUCUUUAAGGACAUUGUCAACAUGCUCAUGUAUCAUGACAGGUUCAAAGUCUUUGCCGAUUACGAGUCCUACAUCAAAUGUCAAGAUAAGGUCAAUGCUCUUUAUAAGAACACCAAGGAGUGGACCAAGAUGGUGAUCAGGAACAUUGCUUGUUCCGGAAAGUUCUCCAGCGACCGCACCAUCGCCCAGUACGCCCGUGAAAUCUGGGGUGUUGAGCCCAACCGCCAAAAGAUCCCCGCCCCUGACGAGCCUCGGGAGUGAAGGAACCCCCCCCCUCGUGUGCCAUCAGCAACUUCAAUGGGGCAGCUCAAGAUCAAUGGGUCUCCCACCCCACUUUUUUCAUCCGGCUCCAAAUGUACAAUCACCUUUUCUUGUAGGGGGAAGGAGGUCAAAGGAGGAGAUUGUUUUUCUGUCUAGGUUCCCCCUCUCCCCAUUUUAGAACCUGCCCCUUAGGAGCUGUGCCAGGCAAUUCAGCCCAUUGCCCCUUCUCCCCCCCCCUUCCUGCCAUGCUCUGCUAUUUAUUGUAAGGGGGAUCCACACCUUGGUUUUACAACCCAUCUCUGCUCCUGAAGCCCCCCUUUUGUUCAAAGGGUGAGGGGUGUCCAUGGCUCCCCUGCUUUUUAAGGGGGCUUCUCUGUCCCAUUUUUAUCCUCAAGGGAUGUAUUGCUGGGCAG